AUCUGGCUAAUGAGCUCAUAUAUGCCUCAUCAUGUCUGAUCUCAAUAACUCUGAAGUCAAGCUUUUCCUUCUGAUUGGGAUCCCAGGACUGGAACAUGUCCACAUUUGGUUCUCCAUCCCCAUUUACCUCAUGUACCUGAUUGCCAUCAUGGGCAACUGCACCAUUCUCUUUAUCAUAAAGGCAGAGCCCUCGCUUCAUGAGCCCAUGUAUUAUUUCCUUGCCAUGUUGGCUGUCUCUGACAUGGGCCUGUCCCUCUCCUCCCUUCCUACCAUGAUGAGGAUCUUCUUGUUCAAUGCCAUGAGAAUUUCACCAAAUGCCUGCUUUGCUCAAGAAUUCUUCAUUCAUGGAUUCACUGUCAUGGAAUCCUCAGUACUUCUAAUUAUAUCUUUGGACCGCGUUCUUGCUAUUCGCAACCCCUUAAGAUACAGUUCUAUCCUCACUAGCAACAGGGUUGCUAAAAUGGGACUUAUUUUAGCCAUUAGGAGCAUUCUCUUAGUGCUUCCAUUUCCCAUCACCCUAAGGAGAUUAAAAUAUUGUCAAAAGAAUCUUCUUUCUCACUCAUACUGUCUUCAUCAGGAUACCAUGAGGCUGGCCUGCUCUGACAACAAGAUCAAUGUCAUCUAUGGCUUCUUCAUUGCUCUCUGUACCAUGCUGGACUUGGCAUUGAUUCUUUUGUCUUAUGUGCUGAUCUUGAAGACUGUACUCAGCAUUGCAUCUUUGGCAGAGAGGUUUAAGGCCCUAAAUACCUGUGUCUCCCACAUCUGUGCUGUGCUCACCUUCUAUGUGCCCAUCAUCACCCUGGCUGCCAUGCACCGCUUUGCCAAGGACAAAAGCCCUUUUGCUGUGAUCCUUAUUGCAGAUAUGUUCUUUUUGGUGCCACCCCUUAUGAACCCCAUUGUGUACUGUGUAAAGACUCGACAAAUCUGGGACAAGAUCUUGGGGAAGUUGCUUAACAUAUGUGGGAAAUAAGAACGUGAAUAAUUAGGUAAUACAUUAUCAACCAGUAAGCAUUUACUGGCAUUUGCUAUGUGUUUAAUGCCACAGAAGUCACAAAUGAAGGACUAGAGGAAGGAACUGAAAAGCUGUGUAGUGCAGAAUUUAUAAUAAAGUUGAGAAUAUAAUUUAACAGAAUAGAAAAAAAUAGUCAAGACAUAGAUAA